UUCGAAAGGCAUGAAUUCGUAAACUUUACGAGUCGUAGAAAUAACCAAUAUCACCUCUGUUCGAUACAUGUUAGUGACGAACUAGCGUGCCGUAAGCGUGGGUGCGAUAUCAACGAUAGUUGACGUGCGGUGCGAGUAUGUCCGUGACGAUGGCGGCUGCGGCGGCGGCGGCGCGGGGCGGCCUCGACGCGUACACGAGCGCGGCGGACCAGGAUGCCAACACCGCGCUCAUGGAGCUCGACGUCGGACUACGCUCGACGAAGACGGGCGAGCAGUGCGAGGCGAUCGUGCGCUUCCCGCGACUCUUCCAGAAGUACCCGUUCCCGAUCCUCAUCAACUCGGCCUUCCUCAAGCUCGCCGAGGUGUUCCGCACGGGCGACAACUUCCUGCGGCUGUGCGUGCUGCGCGUGACGCAGCAGAGCGGCAAGCAUCUCGAGAAGAUACUCAGCGUCGACGACCUCGUCAAGAAGAUCUUCUCGGUGACGCACAGCAACGACCCGGUGGCGCGCGCGCUCGCGCUGCGCACGCUCGGCAGCAUCGCCGCCAUCAUCCCCGAGCGACGCAACGUGCACCACAGCAUCCGCGAGAGCCUGGAGGCGCGCGACGGCGUCGAGGUUGCCGCGGCGACGUUCGCCGCGAAGCGAUUCGCCGCGGCGUCGCGCGCAUUUGCGGCGGACGUCUGCGACGAGAUCGCGGACGCGGUGGACGGCGUUGCGACGCCCGUCUCCUCGAAGCUGCGCCUCAUCCCGAUAUUCGAGCACACGCACGGGGACCCGCGCACAGGGGCGCGAGUGCGUCGCACGUGCGCGCGCGUGCUGCGGCUCUACCCCGCGCUCAACGUGACGCUCGUCGUGCUGCGCACGCUCACGCGCCUCGCCGGCGCCUCCUACAUCGACGUCAACGAGCAGAUCGCGCUGCUGCUCGCGUAUCUCCGUGGCGACCCGCGCGCCGCCGUCAAGCUGCUGUGUCUGCGCGACCUGCGCCACCUGGCGGCCGUCGCGCCGCACGUCUGGUCGGAGGCGGACGUCGGCGCGCUCGUCGACUUCUGCGUCGACGGCGGCGCUCACCAGGUGGCGGCGCUGAAGGUUGUGACGACGCUGGCGGAGUCGCUGGCGAUGGAGCGGCUGGACGCGCGUGCGGGGUCGGCGCUCGCGCGCCGGCUGCUCGCGCUCUGUGAGACGGCCUGCUACGACCUUGACGUGACCGUCGCCGCGCAGGCGGUCGCCCUGGCGACGGCCGUCGCCACGCGUCGCCGCGGCGACGACGACGAGGUCGGCAACGAACUCGCGCGCGUAGUCUGCGGAGCCGUCGAGAUGCUGGUCGUCGUGGCGACGGCGGGGGAGACGGCGCGCGGCGGGGUGGCGCUACGCGUCGCGCUGCGCUCGGCCGUCACGCUGUGCCGCGCGCGUGAGAGCGUCACGGCGGGCCUCGCCGACGCGCUCGCGAGGGCGCUGGCCGUCGCCGCCGCGCCACACGAUGCCGCCACCGUCUGCGCGGCGCUCGCGGCGAUCGGCGGCGGCGACGCGGGCGCGGUCGCCGCCAUCUUGCCGCGCGUGUCUGCGGCGCUCGCGGCGGCGUCGACGGGCGAGGGGGAGCAUCGUCGCCUCGUCGUGCUGCUCACGUGCGUCGUGUUCCAGGCGUGUCGCGACGGCAUCCCUGCCGACACGCUCGCCGUCGUCGAGACGGCAGUGCAGAGCGUCAACUGCUGGGAUCAGUACCGCAUCGCGAGGCAGGCGGCGAGGUACGGUCACCACGGCGUUGCGAGCCGCAUCUUCGACUCGCUGACGGCGUGCAUCGCCGGCGAGCACCUCUUCUUCUGGAUCACCGCUCUCAAGGAGUUCACGUUAGCCGAGUCGUGUCUGGUCGUCCCGGCCGGCGCCACCUCGCCGCAGCGUCGGCUGGCAGGGCUGCAGCAGGCCGUCGUCUCCUAUCGUAAAGGCUUGUCGUCGCUGAAGGCGGCGAGCACGCCUGGCUUCCCGCUGCGCCUGCAGGCAGAGUUUGCGACGCUGCGUGCGGAGACGCUGCAGGCGCACGUUCAGCUGGCGCAGAGCUGCGCGACGCUGCGCACGUGUCCGCCGCCCGCCAUCGCGAUGACGCUAGCCGAGCCACUGCAGCGCGCGGGCAAGGCUGGCUCGCAGCUGCUGGAGAGCGCGCGGGCGUUCCACGCGCGACGCGCGCCACGAAGCGCUCAGCCGCGCCUGCCUUCGACGCUGACCUCCGCGUCGCUCACGCGUGCGCCGCUUGAGCCAGUCCUGGCCGCCUGCUGCAGCGCGCACGAGGCCGGUGCUUGCGACUCACGCAGCGGCGACGCCACGUCGCGCGGAGGCGGCGCGCCGCGGCGGUGGCCGCGGAGCGCGACGCGCACCGGCGCCUCGAGGUCGACGGACUCACGCGCGGCGCUCGCCGAGAUCGGUGGCCCCCCCGCGCGUCACCGGCCGCGCGAUCCAGCACGAAAGGGCGUCGUGCAGCACGCGCACACCGCGAUGUCCGCCGCGUCUGCAGCGUCGCCCUCGCCGCCGUCGACGCUCACCAGAGCCGGACGCGGCGCGCGCUCCGUCGACACGAAGCCGGCGCGGCGGCGGCGCGCGGCGGCAGGGAACGAGCUGACGCAGACGGCCGAGCCACACAACGACUACUUCAGCGUACAAUUCCUGCUGAGCUUCGCGACGCUGGGCCUGCACACGGUAAACAUCGAGACGCGCGUCGUCGACGACGACGGCGAGACGUGGGCACGGGACCGCAGGCUGCGCUCAACCGUCAAGUCCUACAUCGACCAGAUACAGCAGCAGAACCAGCAGCGCGGCAGUGGCAUGCAGUACCAGCCCCAGCGAUCUAACGCCUUCCCCUAGACCACAGUACCAACAACAGCGAUCUAACACCUUCCCCUAGACCACAUACUAACCACAGCGAUCUAACACCUUCCCCUAGACCUCAGUACAAACCACAGCGAUCUAACACCUUUCCCUAGACCACAGUACUAACCACAGCGAUCAAACACCUUCCCCUAGACCUCAGUACUAACCACAGCGAUCUAACGCUUCCCCUAGAC